CUAUAUAUUAAAUCUCCACUCUCCUCUCUUCACCCAAGGUGCUUCUCUUGUCUUCUUUAUCUCUCUACUCUCUAAUCUACCCUCUCUCUCUCUCUGAGGUACUGUAUAGUGUUUUUUGAGGAUAACAGAGAUGGGUAUGGUUGUGGUGAUCUCUCUUCCAUUGAUUCUCUUUGCAAUUGCUCUUGGGUUCGGCUGCUACUUCCUAGGAAGAGCCAAGGGAAGGCAAGAUGUGCGCACCCGUGCACAGGUUUUUGGGAUGCCGACACCACCGCCUGGUGGGUUUGCUUCUCAUCCUGUUUCACCUCCAACACAAUAUACCAAGCCAGACAAUUCCAUGAACGUUUGAGCUGAUUCUGGUGAAUUCCAUCAUAGGAUCGAGGAUCCCCAUCUCAAUUGUUUGAUUUGAUUCUUUUUUUCUCCAAAAAAUGAAAUUUCUGUUGAAUAUAUUUGUAAUUUUUGUGAGGUUUGAUGUGAAUUACCGAUUAUAUUGUUUGGUGUAAAUUGAUGGGAUAAUAAGAUUGAGUUUGGAUUUGAUUGGCUUC